GUGUUAGGACAAAACGAACCUUUAACAAAGUUUUGUCGGAAUAUACAAAAUACCUCAUCCAAAAAAAAAAAAAAUCAUUGGAUAAUCGAUUUUAGUGCAAAACUUUUAAUAACCUACAAACGCAAAACAACAACAACAUUACAAUGGCCUUCAAGUUUGUUGCAUUUGUCACCCUCUUGGCUGCUGUCAAUGCUGGAAUCAUUCCCGUGCAACAGGCCGCGCAGUUUGACCAUCCUGGCUAUCAUCAACAAGUUCCCGCCCAACAAUUGGUCAUUUCCGGACACUCUGGACACACCGCAAAACACGAAGAAUAUGCUGAUGAUCCUCAUCCUAAAUACAAUUUCGCCUACCAGGUCGAAGAUGCCGUAUCGGGUGACUCCAAGAGUCAAACGGAGACACGUGACGGUGAUGUUGUACGCGGUGAAUAUUCUGUAAUUGAUGCUGAUGGUUUCAAGCGUACCGUUAAAUAUACUGCCGAUGAUGUUAAUGGUUUUAAUGCUGUCGUUUCUCGCGAACCCAUCAGUGGUCAUCAUGUUGCCCAACAUGCCUCACCAUCCUAUGAAGUUCAUUCGUCACCAGCUCAAUAUCAUCAUGCUCCUGCUGCCGUUGUUAAGGCUGCACCUGUAGCUUAUGUUGCCCCAGCAUUGCGUAAAACUCAGGUGACCUAUACCCAACCUCAGAAUUAUGAGACACCUAUUAACCAUCAUGCUCAUCCCGAACAAUUGCAACAACACCAACAUCAAUAUGCCACCUAUGAAAGUGAACAAGAAAAUCAUGAUGGCUAUUAAUUGUUAGAUCUUUGAAUUUCAUGUUCCGCAAAUUGUUUCACGGAUAUUUGCAUUUAUUUUCAUAACUGUUAUUUUCAUUGUCCAGAUGUUAUUUGAAUUUAUCCAUUAUUCUCAAUAUUCAUAAUUCCAUUUGUUAUUUUAAGGCCUGUGCCACCAAUUUAAAUGAGUUUAUUAAUUUUUAAGAUUAAAUAAA